UGGUUAUUUAGAGUUUUCUGUUAGUUGAGUUGUUUAUGCUAAUGUGUAUCCAGAAGCGUUGUUUGCGAGCUAAGGAAAUUCGCAUGUCUCAAAAGAAUAUGCACACAGCCGGCCCAACAAGUUUCGCUAUAAUUCGUGAAGAAAUGAGAAACGAUGACCCAAACAAGGAACUACUCAGUUUAACCAAAGUGUUUGAAUGUACACGAAAAAGGACCGAAGGGCGUGCAUAUCUUGAUACAUACGAUGACACUGCAACGAAAAUUGAACAAAUGAAGAAUUAUAAACCUCCAGAAGAUGGAAGUGUUUUAGUUGAUCCUUUUACGGCUGUAAUGAACAAAGAGUAUGAUGGCUACCUACGUCUUUAUGGUAGAGGUGUUACUAAAAAGAUGAUGGAAAAGAUGGAUGGUAAAGAGGAACCAUACAUGAUUCCGGAUGGUCUUAUGGAAUCAUUCAAAGCGGACAUUGAAGGUGAAAAAACACAGUUGCUUGAAAUGCGAAAAGAAAUUGAAGAGGAGCAUCAAAGGAAAAAAGCUGAGUUAAAAGCUAUGCAUAAAGAUUUUGAAAACAAACAAGCAAACUUUGAAGCUACGAUGCUAAGUAUUAUGGAAAAGCUACCUAUUGAAGUACUUCAAGAUCUUAGGGAUGAGUAGGAGGUUUUGUUACUUUUUAUCAUUUUAAUUAAGUUUGUUUUUGUUACAUUAUUAUUUUGAGUUUGGACUUAUGUUAGAUUACAAUAUAAGAUUAUCUAUUAUAUCUAUGUUAUUAUCA